CUUCUAUCCAUAUAUUUCUUUAUUCUUUGUUGAGAAUUCUCUUACGUAUACGUGUGUAUAUAGAAUUUCUCAAAUAAACAAUGUUCGUAAGAUUCUGAUGUAUUUUGACGUUCAAUUCUUCUGUAAUGAACUAUGAUUAAUAUAUAUUUUAUGUCGUUUUAAUUAACUUGACUAUAGUUCCUUUGAUUACCUUUUUUGAGAAGUAAAUAAAAGUGAAUAAGAGUAUGAUUAAUGCUGUUUACGCAUCUAUCAAAUUUAAUAUUAUUCAUUAUUAAUAAAUAUUAGCUGAAAAACUUUUAAAAUGUUUGAACCUGUUGAAAAAAGCAAGGAACUUUGUAUCCAUGCUGGUGUAGUUUUAAGGGGAACAAAUAUCAAAGAAGAUGAAAUACAUAGCUCAGGCAGUCUUAAUAUCGUCGAAUAUAGUUUUGGAAAAUGUAUUGAAUGGAAGCCACAAGAAGUAUCAGUUGUAUCAGAAAAUCCUGAUCAAGAUCCAGAAUGGUCUGUUGUUGAAUCGCACACAAGGAAUACAAGAACAGAGAGUUCUGAAUUUUUAUGUCAAACAAGAGUAGUUCGUAUAUUAUUCUCAGAUUUAAAGUCAUUUCGCAUAAAUCACGGUGGUCAACAAUUAAUAUUCAUGUUAAGGGAUGGAACUACAUACGUUGCGUUUUUUCAAUUAUCAAAUGCUGAAAGUUUUAUUAAUUCAUUAAAGAGUUUUAUCACAUUUGUCAAAUCAAAAACAGACAAAAAUUUAUAUCUUGUUCUUGAAACAUUCUCUGCUGCUAUGAAUAAAUCAUUCGCUGAAUUAGAUUUAUUUCAAGAAAAUACUUCAGAUUAUGUAUGGAAGUUUGUGAAAAAUUUGCAUAACAGACCAUAUGAAACGACACUGGAAGCAUUCAGUAAACUUGCUGAUAUUUGGUUAUAUAAAGAGCCAGCAAAACAACCUGUUGAAGAAGCUGUUGCUGAUCUUUUGAAUCGUUCAUUAACAGUAGAAAUUUCACCACCACUUGCUUCUUGCGUAUCUGAAGAAGAAUAUGAGUAUGACAUUAUUGGACAAACACGACAAAAAAUUAUUCUCCCUCCAAAAAAACUAUGCCCACGAGGUGUUCCUCUCAGCCAAGAACAGUGGGAUGACUACAAAGAUCCAUCAGGAAGAAUAAUUAAUCCAGAACUUGUACGAAAAGUGAUUUUCCGCGGGGGCAUUGUUCCAUCAUUACGAUAUGAGGUAUGGAAAUUUCUUUUGGGUUAUUAUCCAUGGGAUUCUACACGCAUAGAAAGAAUUGAACUAAAAAGAGCUAAAACAGAUGAAUAUUAUAAAAUGAAAUUACAAUGGAGAUCAAUGUCUUCUGAACAAGAAAACAAUUUUUCAGAUUAUCGCGAUCGAAAGAGUCUUAUUGGAAAAGAUGUCAAUCGAACAGACAGAAAUCAUCCCUAUUAUUCAGGAGAUAAUAAUGCUCAUCUUGUACAAUUAUAUGAAAUUCUCAUGACUUAUGUUAUGUAUAAUUUUGAUUUAGGCUAUGUUCAAGGUAUGAGUGAUUUACUUAGUCCUAUUUUAUGUUUGAUGGAUAACGAAGUUGAUGCAUUUUGGUGCUUCGUUGGGUUCAUGAAAAAAGUUAGUUCAAAUUUCGAAAUGGAUCAAGCUGGAAUGAAAACCCAGUUAUGUCAACUUCAUAUGUUAUUACAAAUUGUUGAGCCUCAGUUAGCACAGUAUUUAGAUAAAAAUGAUUCAGGAAAUAUGUUUUUCUGUUUUCGUUGGCUUCUUGUAUUAUUCAAACGGGAAUUUAAUACCGUUGAUAUAAUGAAAUUAUGGGAGAUUUUAUGGACAGAUUUACCGUGUAAGAAUUUUCAUUUAUUGUUGUGUGCAGCAAUUUUAGACACCGAAAAAAGUGCUUUGAUUGAGAAUCGAUAUGGUUUCACUGAAAUUUUAAAACACAUCAACGAUUUAUCUUUACACAUUGAUUUAUCUGAAACAUUGUCAAAAGCUGAAAGUAUUUAUGAACAAUUGAUAGCAGUAGCACCUGAAUUACCAAACAAUGUACGUACGAUUAUCGGUUUGGAACCUUUAGAAGGCUCAUGGCCAUCUGCAAGUGGAGUUGACGACGAUUGUAAUAUUUCACUCCCUGAACAAAAAGACAGUAAUACACAUGGUAUUCAAGAUGAAGAUAAAAACAUUGUCGUAGAACAAGGAUUGAGUACGACAUGCCCAUAAAUAUAUAUAUAUGGAUAAAUUUAAUAUAUAUAUUGACAAAGAGCCAGAAAAAUCAUUUGUUAAUGAAGCUGUUGCUAAUCUUUUGAAUCGUUUAUGUGACAUAUAAAACGAUUUUAAGAUUUUUUAAUCUUACAAAAAUACGUUUUGUAUAUUUUCAUUUAUAGUUUAAUAUAAAAAUAGAUGUAUAUAUAUAUAUAUUAUAAGAUAAAAAUAUCGU